AUAUAUGCCACCCAAAAAGGAGGAGAGAAAACCGUUGGAGCCCAUUUUCCAAGAAAUCCCAUUGUUUUAUGAAUACAUUGAUUAUUCAAAUGAGUAGAUGGAGUAAUUAAAUGAGUAUUUGAAUUACUUCAAACCAGAAUUGGGUGCUAUGAUGAAAAAUAACAUUUUUGAUAAUAUGGAACUACUAUGUCAAACCAUAAGGAUAGCUAUACAUCCUUCAUUUAUUAAACCAAAUUAAAUCAUUGAUUUGAACGAUUUUGAUGAAAACACAAAAUUUAGAAACCCUGAAGAAUUCGAUGGAGAUUUAAUACCCUAAAUGAUUUAAAUACAUUCUGUAAUUUUGAUAUUUUAUUAUAACAUAGAUAAAAAUCGAUCUUUACACAUUAAAAUUAUUGGAUUAUUGUGCUGGUAUAAGCGGAUUGACAACAAUCAAAUUAUCAAAUAACGGUUUGACGUCUCGAUAAUAUCAAUAUCUAGCAGCAAUAAUAAACAAUCCUGAAAACAAAAUAAAAAAGCUGUUUAUCGAUUGGUAGGAAGUUGAUGAAAGCUUUUUGUAACAAGUGUAAUAAAUCGAGUUUUUAACAUUAAGAACUUGUUAACUAAGUAUAACUUAGAUCUUAGCAUUUAGCAAAUAAGCAAAUAUAAUCUUUAACUUUGGAUGUCUAGAAUCUGAAAUGCUUAGAUCUUUAUGAUAAUAGAUUAUCAAGAGAAGCCUUAAAUUUGAUAGGAAAAAUGUUAGGUUAAAAUAGUUCAUUGGAAUUUCUUGGUCUAGCUAAAAAUGGAAUUCAAUCUUUCGAUGAUUUAGAAGGAAUAACUGAGAACAUUGGUAGAUUUCAAAUGAGUCAAGAAGAAUAAGAGGAGUAUAAGGCUAAAGAAAAGGAGAGGGAUGCAAUAAUUGAAAGAAAUAAGAAAGUGAAGAAAAAGGGAACAGAAGAAUUGGUGCCAUUCUUAGAACCAAUCCAAAAAAUAGAUAACAACUGGUAUCUUGUAAAGAAUUCAAAAUUGUGGUUGAUAAACCUAUCGAUGAAUUAGAUUGAUGAUUAAUCCAGAGAUGCGAUUGAAAAGUUCUUAUUAUAAACAGACGAAAACUUCUAAUUAGUCUUGAUGAAUAAUAGAUUUGAUAAUCAGAAGGCUUUGCAGAAAAGCAAAAAGAAGUUUGGAAAGAAAUUAGUAUUAUGA